UGCAAUAGAUAGAGAAAGGGUGAAAAGCCUGGAGAAGAUGAGGGAGAAAUUGAUACAUGAUGCGUACUACUUACAAGCAGAAAACUAUCAUAAAUUUGGUAAAAUAGCCAGAUAUAAACCCCUUGUUGACUCUUUUCUGGAUCAUUGCUCUCGUUUGGUGGAGAAGAACUUUUAUGGGUAUAUCUUUAUCUCUCAUUCUGAAUCAGAAUUAGCAUGGCUGCUCUUGAUUUUAAAUAACAAUUACUUAGAAUUAUUUUAAUUUUCUGUAAUUCGCAUGGGUUAAUUUACUACUACUAAUAAUAAUAAUAAAAUUCGACCUUUUAAGUAGUAUAUUUCAGAUUAAUGAGUUGUGACAGCCCUUAAAGAAAAAAUUAACGAAAGAAACAAAGGAGUAGCAUAUAGGCAUUAGGGGCACGAAUCGCCUAAACUUCAUCUCAAUGGAGAAAGAAUGUGAAAGAGAAGAUAUGAGUGCAAAGGUAUCAAAAAGGAUGAAAAGCCUGAAGAAGAUGAGGGAGAAAUUGAUAUUUGACGCGUACUACUUACAAGCAGAAAACUAUUAUAAAUCUGGGAAAAUAGCCAGAUAUAAACCCCGUGUUGACUACUUUCUGGAUCAUUGCUCUCUUUUGGUGGAGAAGGACUUAUAUAGGAGUCUAUGGAAUAUGACUCCAACACCCUUGAGUCAUGCCAAACCAUACAACUUUAAGAAUAUUGAAGAUAUGACCUUCAAGUUUCAGUUGUGCAAGCUGAUUAAUGUGACCAAGUAUGGGAGAAUGUUCAGUUGCCGAACUGAUGACACUAUUACUAUCAAAACAUGGUGA